AUGGUGGAUCUUGUACUGCUGCUGGGCACCCUUUGUCUGCCAGCCAAUGGACUGUUUCCAAUUCAUCUGUUGGAAGUUCUUAAGAUACAUCAUCCAUUGGUGGGUCAAUGGCUCAAAGUUCAUGCUAAGAAACUAGCUGAUGACCUUCAAAUCCCUGACAAGAGCCUCCUCAAGUUCAUUGAGACCAGAGAUCUUUUCCUUAUGUUUGUAGAUAUGAAAGCUUCCCUUGUCAAAUAUGAACUCAGCAACCAGACCCACCAGCUUCAAGCCCUACAGGACACCCUAUCCUCAAAGGACUUUGAGCUCAGUCUGCACAACUGUCUCUUGGCUUGUACACUAUCUCCCAACCUUACUGCCUAUGUUAUGGAUACUCAAUGCCACAUAAUGGAUUUCAUUGUCAAACAUUUGGAUGUAUUCAAGAUUCCUGCUGGGGUAUUUGAUGAUGUGGAGCUUUGGGGCUCCCUGGGUAGGAUCAUAACCAAAUUGCUCACAACCAUCUGCAGCCAGCUCAAGUCACAGUUCAGGGAUGGCAGUGGACGCUGCCCACUGGAACAGAAUGGCAUUCCUGGAACCAGUGACCACAAAGUGGCAGCACUAGACAUCUGCUUCACACCCCAUCUCAUUCCCAACCUCAAAUCAGACAUGUGCAAAAAACUCAAGCAGGAGCUUCACAUCAAUAUCAGUGACAUGGAGUGGACACUCUUCAAAGACAAUGCAAAUGAAGAUGACACCUCCAAAGGCAACAAUAACUGGGAGCCCCUUACCAAACCAAGCAUUGAUCUGGAUCUCAGAGACCCUAGCCUGGGACUGGAUAACCCAGUGGCCAUCAAUGCUGACACUGAUGAUACUCCUGACUUGGAGAAUCCUGGUAGUGAUGCCAAUGAACUUGAUGAGAUGGAUUCAGGCUUCAGGCUUGUAAGUGGAAAGGCAGCCCACUUCAACAGCAACAAAUUCUGGAACUACAUGGAUUAUAUGCUCAACCUCCUGCACAAGAGUGUGUGCAAGGAUGCUGCUUCCAAGGAGGAUUUUGAGACAACCAUUAGCAGUGUUUUUGUUCAAAUCUUUCAGGAUGACCUUGUGGACUGCCCUGGCAAUAGGAGGGGGGCGAAGAUUUUGGCUGUGAAUCCUCAGUGGCAGACAACCACCCAGCAGGGCCUCAUGUGGUAG